AUUGGUUGUCUUGCAGCGUGUCUCCUCCCGCUCCUGUCCCGGAAGAAGGAAGAGAUUUCGCACAGGGAAAGAGAGAAGUCUGUUGACAGCAGAAAUCCCACCCAGGCCACUGAUAAGUUUCAACACAUUGUACUUUCUUAUUGAAUCUGCACAGCAUCGCGUUCUGUUAUUUGGACGUAGCAGGAGCAAUCAAGGUAUGGAAUAUGGCAGCAACUGAAACGCAGCUUAUGUUAAGCGUCGGAUUAAUAGAGAAAGAUGUGAAUGGAGACACACUGUGGGUAUGGUGCUAUCCCUCUGUGGGCUCAGACCUGAGGCAAGUCCUGCUCAGCAAGUGCUGUCUGACACAGGACAGCCGGGAUUUCCACACCUUUGUGUUUGGUCAGUUCUGUCGCAUCUGGUACUACAUUACCACAGUGGAGGUGCAGGAACCUACAGCACUAAACAAGGUCACUCAUUUUUCAAUAGUUGUUACAGCAAAAGACUUCAACCCUGAGAAGUAUGCUGCACUUAGUAGAAUACUCUGCAGGAUGUACACCAAACAUGGCAGUCCAGUGAAGAUGAUGGAGGCUUAUGUCACCGUGCUCACCAAAGGAAUUUGCCAGAGUGAUGAAAACGGCUCAUUUCUAAUUAAGGAUUACGAUGUUCGGAAAGCGUACUUGGCUGGUUCAGUUAAAGAUGUUGUGUCUCAGUUUGGUAUGGAGACAAUCAUCCUGUAUACCGCUCUCAUGCUGAAGAAGAGGAUCGUUGUCCAUCACCCUCGGAUUGAAGCGUUGUUGGAGUUUACAAGAGUUCUGCCGACUCUGACGUGGCACAGGAAAGACUGGUCCAUCCUGCACCCGUAUGUGCACCUGACUGAUGCUGAGCUAGAGGAUCUCAAGAAAUGCCCUGGAUAUGUAGCAGGAUUUGUAGAUCCGGAAGUAAGCAACAGAUCAGACUUGUUUGAUGUGUACGUGAACCUCCCAGACAGUGUCAUCACAGUAUCCCAGAGUGCCAAAGAGGCCAUGGCUAUGGGGAAGUUGCACAAGGACAUCGGCCACCUUAUUGUCCAGUCUGCAGAGGAUGCUGAGAGAUCAGAUAGUCAGGUCAUUAAGGAUAUUUCUGUCAAGACUAAAGAGAUCCUUGCCAACUUGGUGGCCCUGGCUGAUGAGUGCGAAGACUCUAAAAUCACAUUGGAAGGUUUAAAGCAGCAUCAUUUCCCUCCGGCGACGGAGAACUUCCUCUUUCAUUUGGCAGCUGCCGAGCAGCUCUUACGGAUAUAGACCUGUUCUCAGACACCGUGCUGCAGGAUGACGUUACUGUCAGCAGCAUGCUGUUCUGUUUGUUGGGAUGAUUACUGUUGUCUGAAAGGCUUCUGCACACGCUCACUGUUACCAUUAGAGUGUGCACAAGCCAAUUUUCUUCUCACAGUAAUCUUCACGUGAGGUAGGAGGGUGUCCCCAGCACUGAUAUGUGACAUAAGCAGUACCAGGAUGUUUUACAUUAUAGCGUGAAAGGCUAGCCAUAGGCUUGGCUAUGUAAGGGAUAAUGUAGAGCGAGAGGGCCAUUAUUGCAAAGUAAAGCCCGACCGGGUGAUGCAGGACCCAACGUGAAAGGGUUAAAAUUGCAAAAGUUGACCCGCUCACUCAACAUUAUCCCACUUAUCACAAGGCUACUAAUUUUAACCCACAAUUUAGAUUUUAAAAUGAUUUUUAUUGAUUUAAAAAUGGUCCUCCAGAGUCUAUGAUCUCGACUGCGUCUAUAGCAGCCGUCUGCUAUUCAGAAAUGACAGACUGUAGAAUGGCCAAUCAGAAUUGAGUAUUCAUUGCCAAAAACAUUGUUAUUUCUUAAUACUAAUAUUUAUUAUAAUAUAUCUUAUUCCUUUGAGGUCCACAUUUGUCAAAAUUAAAAACACAUGUACUAUUGCACAGGUUGACAUAUUCCUUCAUUACCACGAACAUGGGAACUGUAGUUCAUUUUGAGUCAGUUCUGCUGCCAUAAAUACUCAAUCCAGUUCCAAAUGUGUAUUCAUCUGCAGCUGAAAAUAGUCUACAAAGAAAUGUACCAUUCACUCCUAUUUUAGUAAUUUUUGUUAAAAAAUGACAGUGCCCAGCUGUUUGAAGAAAUGGCCUUGUCUUUAAUGAAAGUAUAUAUUUGUGGCUUGUUUUUAAAGACUUGAGUCUUCAGUAGUAAGCAGUGGGCUUUGAGCGUAUUCAAAGACGGACUAACUUGCUGUUGAUUUUGGUCUUUUUAUGGGAUUUGGUGACAAUAAGAAAAAUAUAAGACUAUUCUAGCCUCGUCCUUUAACGUCAGUAGUUAUGGACAAUGGGGAGCUACAGUUUUUGGAGACAAAUAAGCUGGUACUUUUCUCAGCUGGUACAUCUGAUGGUGCUUUCCACAGGUUAGCUCCCACUCCACAUACAUACAUCACAAAUCUUAUUCCUGGUUGGAAAUAUUGGGUACUCGUGAAGAGUUUAUAUAUAUAUAUAUAUAUAUAUAUAUAUAUAUAUAUAUAUAUAUAUAUAUAUAUAUAUACACAUAUACAUACUCCAUUGUAACAAGCCGUUAUUGAGUUUGUUGAUAGAAACUCCAUUGUACGUGGUUAUCAGAUCACAACUGCAAUAGACAUUGCACAACGUGUGGAUUUAUUUACGUUUUUUUUUUAGCAAUGUCACAUUUUGUAUUUUACUAAUGACUUAAAUACAAGCAAACUGUGUUGUGUUGUGCGAGACUUUUUCAAACAGUGUUUUAUAAAAGUGAUGGAAAUAGAGCUGUUCCUCAUUAAUCUGCAACUGAUCAAAGGACAGUUGUUGCUUCCACGUCCACAUAGAUUUUUAUUGCAUUAUGUCUUACUGUUAUUACUGAUGUAUCAUUAGCGCUGUUGUUUUACAGGUGAGUGCAUUUUCAACCACAUUGCCAAAAGGAUGUUUUUUUUUUUUGUGCCUCAGUAUUUCAGUUAAGACACAGAGUGCAAUACAUAU